GGUUUCCUGGCGGAGAAGAUGGCGGCUCCUGGACCGGGGGAGUAUUUUAGCGUCGGGAGCCAUGUCUCCUGCCUCACCUGCUUGGGGCAGCGUCUGCAAGGGGAAGUCGUGGCCUUCGACUACCAGUCCAAGAUGUUGACUUUGAAAUGUGCUUCCUCCAGCGGUAAGCCGAACCUCAGCGACGUUGUCCUGAUUAAUUUAGCCUUUGUUUCGGAAGUGGAUAUAAUAAAUGACCGCACUGAAACUCCUCCUCCUCUAGCAUCACUGAAUGUUAGCAAGCUUGCCAAUCGAGCACGGACAGAAAAAGAAGACAAGUUGUCCCAAGCAUAUGCAAUUAGCGCUGGGGUUUCUGUGGAGGGCCAGCAGCUUUUCCAGACCAUACACAAAACCAUCAAAGACUGUAAAUGGCAAGAGAAGAACAUAAUUGUGAUGGAUGACGUCGUAAUCUCACCACCUUACCAGGUGGAGAACUGCAAAGGCAAAGAGGGAAGCGCUUUAAGUCAUGUACGCAAAAUAGUUGAGAAACAUUUUAGGGACGUGGAAAGCCAGAAGUCCAUGCAGCGUUCACAAGCACAGCAAACACAGAAGGACUCCGCUUUAUCAUCUUGAGCCGGAGGUUCGGCUUGGUGCAGACAAUAACGGCUGUUUAUUUCCAUUGCCAGACAAGGCCAGCGUUCCUCACCCUCAGUGUCUGAGGCUGUGGGGAGGGCUAAGGGUCUUGGGGGUCUGGGAGACCGAAAACAUUUAAGAAAAAGAAAAAGAAAAAUGAGGAAAAGGUUUAAUUCUGAAUUUAGACUUUUUAAAGAUAAUUUAAAGACAAAACAACCACAAAGUUUCCUUGACUAACUUUUCACCCCCCCCCCCCAAACACACACACACACACACACACACACACCUUUUUUCUCCCUCUCAUCUGCCCCUGGUCCUUUAUUCCAUUCCUCCAGAAAGAGAAAGAUAGAGCAGUCAGAAAACUUUGUUAGCUUUAUU